AUGCCCUCCCCCACCGACUCCAGCCGCUCGCUGACCGGCCGCGGCUCCCGCAGCCUCACCCACCUCCGCCUCCGGCGCACCUGGCUGCAGGUCCUGCUGGCCCUGGGUCUCGUGCAAGCCGUCCUGGGCGUCCUCAUCGUCACCUUCAGCCUGGUGGCGGCCACCAUCACUCCCUCCACCAAGAUCCGUCACUCCUGCCCGUCCUGGGCCGGCUUCUCGCUGGCACUGUCCGGGCUGGUCGGCGUCAUCUCCUGGAAGCGGCCGCUCACCCUGGUGAUCGCUUUCUUCGCGCUGCUGUCGGUGCUGGGCGUCAUGCUGAGCCUGGCCGGCUCCAUCCUGUCGUGCCAGAACGCGCAGCUGGUGAAGACCCUGGAGGCCUGCGAGAGGGAGAGGGACACGUGUGUCUGCUGCCAGGCCCGCUCCGAGCCCCCGCCCGCCUCCUGCAGCCAGCAGAGCGAGAUGCUGACCAUGUUCCCCAACCCCAACUGCCGGAGCAUCCGUGUGGCACUCAAGGAUCUCCUCUUCAGUGUCUGUGGCUUGACCAUCUUCUCCACCGUCAUCUGCAUGCUCUCUGCUGUCGUGUGCUGCAUCCAGAUCUUCUCCCUCGACAUCGUCCAUGUGCUGGUCCCACAGCGCUCGAGCUCUGUGACGUUGGAAUGCACGUCCCCACCUGACACCUUUCUGCAGAGCAUGAUGGACUUCGAGGAGUUUGUGCCUCCGGUGCCGCCACCCCCCUACUACCCACCUGAGUACACCUGCAGCUCCGAGACGGAUGCGCAGAGCAUCACCUACAAUGGCUCCAUGGACAGCCCCGUGCCCCUCUACCCGACCGAUUUCCCCCCAUCGUACGAGACUGUGAUGGGGCUGCGGGGGGACAGCCAGGUCACCCUGUUCGACUCGCAGCUGACAGAGAGCUCCCACGCCUGCACCUGCGACCGCGUCCCCUCCAUCGUGCUCAGCGGGGAAGUCUCCAUGGACAGCGGGUCCCUGAUCAUGUCCGAGAUCAUGGACAUCCCCGGCGACAGCAGCCCCUCGGAGGACUCGUGCCUGCUGGAGCUGCAGGGCUCCAUGCGCUCCGUCGAUUACGUCCUGUUCCGCUCCAUCCAGCGCAGCCGCGCCGAUUACUGCCUGAGCGUGGACUGCGUGCAGUGCAGCCACCACGCUCGCAGCCCCACGCUGGCCUUGCAGGGCCCCUUCGAGGAGACGCCGCAGCCCCGCGCGCGGGGCGAGCGAUCCUACUCCUGCUCCACGGCGGAGCCCGGCCCCGACGGCGUCUUGCUGGGGGGAGCCGUCACCCACAGCUGCAACAGGCUGGUGGGGCCGGCGCGCUGCGCCGGGCCCUGCUUCCCCGAGGUGCGCCUCAAGGACAAGGGCUCCACGCCGCAGCGGCGCGGGGGUGGCCGCCCCACGGCCACCGGCCACCCCCGGCGCAACAGCGAGACCUCCUGCCCCUCGUCCCCGGGGCUGGCCCCGCGCCCGCUGCUCAGGUCACACAGUGACCCCGGCGUGCCCACGCUUGGCCGUGCUGAUUUCAGGGAAGUACUUUAUACCAAAGCACUGGAGGACGCCGUGUCCGACUCCUCCGCUGAUACAGGGCUGUGCUCCGAGGCCUGCCUGCUCCACCGUUCCCACUGUGACUCCCCGCCGCUGCUCCGGGCCGGCUCCGUGGGGAAGAACAAGCUGCCACCCUGCAAGAAGGUGCCACAGCAGCUGUCAAAGACAACCACCCGCUCCCUGGGGGACCUCAAGGGCUACCGAGGCACCCGUGGGCUGGUGGCCAGGUUCCUGCAGAGACCCAAGCGCAACCCGGCAGCUGGCACGGAGGUGUCUGGACACAGCUUCCACGGGCACAAACAGGUUCCCUGGAGUGCCUGGCCGGGCGCAGAGCGGCCCCACGAAGGAAUCCACCUGCAGAGCUGCGGGGACCUGAGCUCCACCUCGUCCCUGCGGCGUCUCCUGUCCGCGCGGCGGCUGGAGCGCGGCCGCCCCCGGAGCCUCAGCGGGGCCUGCAAGGAGAGCGCGCUCUGAGGGCCCGGCCGUGCAGGGAGCCUCUGCUCUGGGCAGGGAAUCCCACCCUGCCCUCAGCCCUGGACGUUGCUCGGACAUUGCUGCCGCCCUGGUGGGGCUGCGCCCUGCGCUGCUGCCCCGGGGGUUCGGCUGAGCCCCUUCCCCAAGCAGGGCUGGGCUUCGGGGCUGGUCCCCUUGGGGGCCGGGCCAGCUGUGCCUGUGCCCUGCCUGGCUGGGAUGGUUAUGCCUGUUCCUUGCCCUGUUCCUUGUUCUGGACAUGCCUGUCCCUUGCCAUGUCCCUUGUGCCAGCUGUGCCUAUUCCCUGGGAUGGCCACGCCUGUCCCCUGCCCUGUCCUGUGUGGUGGCUGUGCCUGACCCACGCACUGGCCAUACCCUGUCCCCCGUGCCAGCUGUGCCUGUGCUCUGGCAUGGCCGUGUCCAUCUCCUGUGCCCUGUGCCAGCCGUGCCUGUGCUCUGGCAUGGCCGUGUCCAUCCCCUGCGCCAGCUGUGCCAGCCGUGCCUGUCCCCUGCCCUGGCCAUGCUGUCCUCUGCCCUGUCCCUUUGGCUGGCUGUGCUGGCUUGAUCGCCCCUCCCUGUCCCCCGCCCUGUCCCCUCCUCUGGCCGUGCCUGUCUUCUGCCUUGUUCUUCUGGCUGGCCAUACUGGCUUGAUCCUCGGUCCCCUGCGCCAGCCGUGCCUGUCCUCCAGGACGACCACGCCUGUCCCUUGCUCUGUCCCCUGAGCUGUCCCACUCUGCCCGUCUCCUCUCCAGGCCCUCCGCCCCGCCCGGUGCCGGUCCCGGUGCCGGUCCCGGUGCCGGUCCCGGUGCCGGCCGUGCCUGUUCCUCCCCGCCCGGCUGCGCCCGGGCCGCGCUGCGGGGCCGGUCCCGCGGCCGCCGCCGCUCGCUAGAGACCGAAUAAAGGUGGUCACCGCCGC